AUGUGCCCUUGGAUCUCACGCCAUAAUUAUACAGUCCCCGUAAAGUACGUAGGUGUACCAAAAGGACUCUUUAAUAUACUUCAGCCGCAGAAUCAUUUCAGUGGAACCGAAUUUGAUGGCAGUAAAAAUCGUCCCACACUACCAAGAGAAUCAAAAGUGUGCAAAACUGUGGAUAUGAACCAUAUUCACUUGGCUUAUCCCUUCAAAUUUCCGGACAUGACGUCAGCAAAUACAAAACACUCUCGGGCGCUCCAUAAUUGCCGUAACAGAAAGGAGCCGUUUGCCCGAAACCACGGAAUACAAGCUGACGACUCGGCCUUAAUGUUUAGAGUUAUGUAA